AUGAGGUCGUUAAAUAAGACGUUGAAAAGGUCAAGGGUUGAAAUUGAGCUGGAGACAGUUUCGAAAUACUUUAAGAAGGAGGUAACGACAGUUCCCCCACCUCAAAAUGAAGACAAAGUGGACCAAGAUGUUGACAUCAAGCACAUAAAAUCCAUGAAUUCCCAGGAAUAUUUUGAUUAUAUUGAAGUCCGUGCUAGUGAUGUGGUUUCUGAUUCCUUUAAUAUAAAGUAUAGCCCCUCAUUUCCCCCAACUUUCCUGCCGAUAUAUUCGAAAGUCCGACUUAUGAGAACUAAGCUGGUCACACCAGUUGAUUCAGUAGGUUGUGCCAUGCUUCCAGUGACGAUAAAUGAAAAGUUUGGCAUUAAAAAGUACGAAAUGCUGCCUAAAAACUAUAGAUUGCAGUUACUUGUGUCAUUGAUGCUGUCUUCUCAAACUAAAGAUGAGACAAAUGCACAAGCCAUGUACAAUCUUAUGGAAUAUUGUGUGGAUAAGUUAAACAUAAAGCAAGGUAUAACGCUAAAUUCGCUACUGGAGAUAGAAGAAAAACAACUGGAUGCACUAAUAUAUUCAGUUGGAUUUCACAAGAAGAAAUCCGGAUAUAUCAAGAGAAUGGCUCAGAUGCUUCUAGAUGAAUUCGAGCAAGACGUUCCUACAACGAUAACCGGUUUGAGCUCUUUGCCCGGAGUCGGUCCUAAAAUGGGAUAUCUGGCCCUGCAAAAGGCUUGGGGUAUAAUAGGGGGCAUAGGCGUAGAUGUGCAUGUUGAUCGACUAUGUAAGAUGUGGAAAUGGGUUGAUCCAAAUAAGUGUAAAACACCUGAACAUACACGAAAGGCACUUGAAUCUUGGCUGCCUCAUGAACUAUGGAACGAGAUCAACCCUGUUCUGGUUGGAUUUGGACAAGUUAUAUGCCCUGCACGCGGAAAACGUUGUGAUUUAUGCCUUGCUAAUAAGGUAUGCAAGAGCGCAAAUCAUAAGUUGGUGAAAUCUGGUUCAUUGGAUGAAUGUGAAACCAGCAAACGUGGGGAUUACAGUAAGCUGUUGGAACAUUUAAAAGAACGGCCUCCGUCCCCCUCUGCUCAGAUACUGAAAAAGUAG